AUGGCGCCCCACCUGCUCCUCCCCUCCUUGCUCAGCAACAGCAAGGACCUCGGCUACAGCUCGAACGCCAGUCCGUUGAUCCUCAUCACCGACUCGCUCGUGCAGCCUGGCCUGCUGCUGUUGCGACAGUUCAUCUCGUCCGCGCUGUCGAGGUGAGCUCCAUCCUCCUCUUAGGCGUGCUCGAACCACAUCACGAAUGUACUGACCCAUCACAUGGUCGUCUCGAACAGGAGUGACGAACAAGCCGUCGUUGUCGCACUCGAACAAUCCCCUGCGCGAUUGCUGCCAUUCGCCGCCUCGACCGGCGCUUCGCAUGCGAACCUCCAACUCGUCGAUGCCGUCUCGAGCCUAUCCAAAACCUAUGCUUCGACUUCGGCCGUUCCCCUCGGCGACUCCUUCCUCGAUCUGUACCAACCCAACGGAGUCCAAUAUCUCGUCAAGGCCGUUGUAACGGCAAUCGAGCGCGCUCAGCAAAAGAGCUCAAGCGUGCUCGUCGUGUUGGAUUCGGUCGACCGCUUGCACGAGCUCGCUGGUAUGCACGGUGUUCAUUCGACAUUACAAGCCGUGUUAAAAGCACUGUCCACAAAAAAAUGUCUGUUCUCUUGGACUUGACUCAUCCAUGCUAUGAUCCAUGCUGACCAAGUAGACUCGGCGGAAUCGGAGCAGAUUCGACCUCUCGCCUAGUCGCUCUGCAUCACCACGCCUUUCCAUCUCCAGCACCUACCCCGUCAUCAACCUCUUCCGCCCUUCUUGCUUACUUGCUCUCGCCUUCCCUCUCCUCCUCAACAGUACACCUGACCUUGCAUCCCUCCCCCCUCGUCGAGCUCCUGUCUUGCGAAUACACCCUCCAAAUACCCCUCACCCCUCAUUCCUCUACCCCAAUCGACCUCCGUCUUCCCGAGUUCCUCACCUCCUUCAACGAUCGUUCCUACGGUGACCCCUUCAAACGACCCUGUUCGACAAGGGACGAGGACGAGCGGAUACCCCUGGAUCUGUUGGGUUCUUCAGGGAACGAUGGUGGGGCUUGCGUCGUCGAGUGGAGUACGAGGGGCGUCGUCUUGCCGACGCAGGUGUUGAGGAACAGUAUUGGUGGGAUGGUGAAUGGCAAGAUUGAGAGGAGGGUCCUGACUAGGGGAGUCGAGGGAGUGAUCAAAAAGGAUCAAGGGGUUCAGGGGGUCGGGUUGGACCGAGUGCUCAGGAAGGACAGGAUGGCCAGUGUCGUACGUGGCUCGAGUUCCAGCUCUCUGUGUAUAGUAAGGAGACUGAGGAACCAGCCUGUUGGCCUACAGAAUCUUUCAUCCCUCGCUACGCCAUCGACGACGGCAAAGCCGGCCUCAUCGAAGCCGACAAAAUCUUCACGGCCUGCCAACUCGAUCGAAGUGCCUUUACCGUUCAAUCUCUCGCUCACCUCAUCACAAGAAUCUGCCCGUUCUUCGGUCCCAUUACCUUUCGUAGCUAAAGAAGGUGAUGCAGCUAUGUAUCAAGGUCUUGGUGGAGUAGGUAAAGUCGAGUAUGAACCGGACGAAGGGGACGAUAUGGACGAUGAUGAUCCGGACGAGGAUUUGGAAGUAUAG